UACUUUGACCUUCCUGAAAACCCAUUUUGAGGACUUUGAAUGAACACCCCCACUACUCUCAGACUGUCUGAGAUGGCAAGUCCAGCUGUCAGCCCAGACUCUUCCUCCCAUGAUGCACUCUCUUCUGUUAACUCAAUGCCUGCGUGCUCCCCCACGUCAGAUUCUGAGAACCUGAGCCCAGAUGAGCUGGAGCUACUGGCAAAGCUGGAAGAACAAAACAGGCUUCUUGAGGCAGAUUCCAAAUCGAUGCGUUCCAUGAAUGGUUCUCGAAGGAACAGUGGGUCCUCUUUAGUCUCCAGUUCUUCUGCCUCUUCCAAUUUGAGCCAUCUUGAGGAGGAUACUUGGAUCUUGUGGGGACGGAUUGUCAAUGAAUGGGAAGAAUGGCGGAAAAAGAAGGAAAAGCUGCUGAGGGAGCUGAUAAGAAAAGGAAUCCCCCACCACUUCCGAGCCAUUGUUUGGCAACUUCUGUGCAGUGCCACGGACAUGCCUGUAAAGAAUCAGUAUUCAGAACUGCUGAAAAUGUCCUCUCCUUGUGAAAAGCUGAUCAGGAGGGACAUUGCCAGGACGUACCCCGAGCAUGAAUUCUUCAAGGGGCAGGACAGCCUAGGCCAAGAAGUUCUCUUCAAUGUCAUGAAGGCUUACUCUCUAGUGGACCGUGAGGUUGGAUACUGCCAGGGCAGUGCGUUUAUCGUUGGACUGCUUUUGAUGCAGAUGCCGGAGGAAGAGGCUUUCUGUGUGUUUGUACGGCUGAUGCAGGAAUACAGGUUACGAGAGCUGUUCAAACCCACCAUGGCCGAGCUGGGACUCUGCAUCUACCAGUUUGAGUACAUGCUUCAGGAGCAGCUGCCUGAACUGAACAUCCACUUCCGUUCCCAGAGCUUCUUAACAUCUAUGUAUGCUUCGUCUUGGUUUCUCACACUCUUCCUCACCACAUUUCCACUACCUGUGGCCACUCGAGUGUUUGAUAUCUUCAUGUAUGAGGGAUUGGAGAUAAUCUUCCGUGUCGGGAUGGCUCUUCUGCAGUUCAAUCAGGCUGAACUUGUGCAGCUGGACAUGGAGGGGAUGUCACAGUAUUUCCAGAAAGUGAUUCCUCAUCAGUUUGACAGCUGUCCUGAUAAGCUGAUCUUUAAGGCCUACCAGGUCAAGUACAAUCCUAAAAAAAUGAAAAGACUAGAGAAGGAGUACACUGCAAUCAAAAACAGAGAGAUGGAAGAGCAGAUUGAAAUCAAGAGGCUUCGUACUGAGAACCGCCUUUUGAAACAACGAAUUGAGACCCUGGAGAAGGAGAGUGCUGCCUUGGCAGAUAGAUUGAUCCAGGGUCAAGUCACCCGUGCGCAAGAGGCCGAAGAGAACUAUAUCAUCAAGCGGGAGCUGGCGGUAGUGAAGCAGCAGUGCUGCUCAGCCACGGAGAACUUGCAGAAAGCCCAAAGUACUAUCCGGCAGCUGCAAGACCAGCAGGGAAACCCCCGCUUCUCGGAGGAGUUUGUGAGUCAUCUGGAAACGGAGCUGGAGCAGUCGCGCCUGCGAGAGUCUGAGACACUGGGUGCCCUUAAGGAGAUGCAGGACAAAGUGCUGGACAUGGAAAAGAAGAACAGCUUGCUGCCAGAUGAAAACAACGUGGCUCGUCUACAAGAAGAACUGAAUGCUAUGAAUGUGCGGGAGUCCGAGGCCAUGAAGUCUCUCCGGGAGCUGCAGCAGCAGGUGAAGGAACUCAAUGACAACUGGCAGGCCCACUUGAGCCGCACUGGGGGGCGAUGGAAGGACUCUCCUCGCAAGAACACUAUGAAUGACCUACAGGACGAGUUGAUGAGCCUCCGUCUGCGUGAAACUCAUGCCCAGGCUGAGGUCAGAGAGCUGCGUCAGAGGGUGGUGGAGCUUGAAACCCAGGAUCAGAUCCAUAGCAACCAUCUAAAUCGCAUGGAACAGGAAUGUGCUGGGCUGCAUGAAAAGGUCCAGUACCUCACUGCACAGAACAAGGGACUGCAGACCCAGCUGAGUGAGACCAAGCGCAAGCAUGCUGAAUCUGAAUGUAAGAGCAAAGAAGAGGUGAUGGCUGCGCGCCUGCGGGAAGCUGACAGCAUGGCUGCUGUGGCAGAGAUGCGGCAGCGGAUUGCUGAGCUGGAGAUCCAGAGGGAAGAAGGGAUGAUCCAGGGCCAGCUCAACAACUCUGAUUCUUCCCAGUACAUUCGAGAACUGAAGGACCAGAUUGACGAGCUCAAGGCAGAGAUCCGACUGAUGAAGGGGCCAAAGCCUUUUGAGGACUCCAUGGGCUUUGACGGCAUCCAUAUUGUUAGUCACCUGGCGGUAGACGAUGACUCGCUGCACUCUUCCGACGAAGAGCUGCUGACCAGCCCCAUGGUGGUGGGUGCUUUGCAGGACGUCUUGUACCCACUGUCCCCCCACAGUGCACGCUUCCUACGGGGCGCUGAGAGCUCCGGCAAGGAGAGCGACGGCACCACAGACAGCGACCCGGACGAUCCUGCCUCCGCCGCCGAGCCCAACGGUGAGAUCAUCUUUGCCGAGGCCCUGAGCAAAUGA